CCGAUCCCAUUUAGCCCCCUAGUGGAAAAAAAGAGCCCUGCAGGUAAGAAAUUAAAAACAAGGAUGAGCGCCAUGUCUGAUCCUCCGGUUGUGUAAUAGACAACCAAACACCAGAACUCUCUUCCCCCUCCCGGUGGGGAUCCAUGUGAAGGAUGGCCGAGAGUGCGGGGAUACAACAGGGUUCUCCUGCCGUCGGGGCUGCGGGCUCGGCCCCGGCCGCCCCGGGAGCCGGGGGGACGGCGGGCUCGGGCUCGGCCGCCCCAGCAGCGGGGACUGAGGGCUCGGGCUCGGUCCCCGCAGCCCCGGGAGCCGGGGGAGUGACGGGCUCGGGCUCGGUCCCUGCUGCCCCGGGAGCCGGGGGGACGGAGGGCUCGGGCUCGGUCCCGGGAGCCGGGGGGACGGAAGGCUCGGGCUCGGUCCCGGGAGCCGGGGGUACGGAGGGCUCGGGCUCGGUCCCGGGAGCUGGGGGGACGGAGGGCUCGGUCCGGGGGACGGAAGGUUCGUUCCGGGGGAUGGAGGGCUCGGUCCCCGCGGUGGGCUCCGCUAGGAUCGCUGUGAAGAAGGCGCAGCUCCGCUCCUCACCUCGGCCCAAAAAACUGGAAAAACUCGGAGUGUAUUCCUCCUGCAAAGCUGAAGGGGCUUGUAAGUGCAAUGGCUGGAAAAGUCCAAACCCUCCUCCUACACCACCGAGGACCGACCAACAGUCGAACGCCGUCAACUUGCAGGACCCCUGUCGAAGCUGCUCACACACUCUUGGUGACCAUGUGACUCACCUGGAGAACGUUUCGGAGGACGAGAUGAACCGACUGCUGGGCAUUGUGCUGGACGUGGAGUACCUGUACACUUGUGUGCACAAAGAGGAGGACGCAGACACCAAACAAGUGUACUUCUCCCUCUUCAAACUUCUAAGGAAGUCCAUUCUCCAGAUGGGGAAGCCCAUGUUGGAGGCCCACGAUAAUCCUCCCUUUGAGAGACCCAGCAUAGAGCAGGGCGUGAACAGCUUUGUGCAAUACAAGUUCAGCCACCUUCCGUCGAAGGAGCGGCAGACCAUCGUGGAGCUGGCCAAGAUGUUCCUGAACCAGAUCAACUACUGGCAGCUGGAGACACCGUCCCAGAGACGGCAGAGGGGGCCCAACGAGGACGCUGCUGGUUACAAAGCCAACUACACCAGGUGGCUGUGCUACUGCAACGUGCCUCAGUUCUGCGACAGUCUCCCCCGCUAUGAGACCACGCAGAUCUUUGGCUGCACACUGCUGCGCUCCGUCUUCACCGUGAUGAGGAAGCAGCUGCUGGAGCAGGCCCGGCAGGAGAAGGAUAAGCUGCCUCCCGAGAAACGCACCCUCAUCCUCACACACUUUCCCAAAUUCCUGUCUAUGCUGGAGGAGGAGGUGUACAGCCACAGCUCCCCCAUCUGGAGCCAAGAAUUCCUGUUGGGAUCCACGGGACUACAGAUCCCUAUCCACACAGUGAUCAGUGCAUCCCCGGUGGCCAGACCGCUGUACUACAGUCCCAGUCCCAUCCAGGUGGAGAUUGCGAGCUGUGGCAGCGUUAGUCCUGCGAGGAAGAUGGUGUCUCUACUGGAGAUGAGCACAGUUGGAGAGAAGCGUAAGCCUUCGGAGCCCCUCCCCCACGAGGACGCCAAGAGGCAGAGAGUGGUUGGAGACAUCCCCCAGGAGCUGAUCAACGAGGUCAUGGCCACCAUCGCCGACCCCGCCGCCAUCCCAGAGACCAACCUGCUGUCAGCGCACUCUGCGCGUGACGAGGCAGCGCGGCUGGAGGAGCGCAGGGGGGUGAUCGAGUUCCAUGUCAUCGGGAACUCGCUGAACCAGAAGCCCAACAAGAGCAUCCUGAUGUGGCUGGUAGGCCUCCAGAACGUCUUCUCCCACCAGCUGCCCCGCAUGCCCAAGGAGUACAUCACCCGGCUGGUGUUCGACCCGAAGCACAAGACACUGUCGCUGAUCAAGGAUGGCCGAGUGAUCGGAGGGAUCUGUUUUCGGAUGUUUCCCUCCCAGGGCUUCACCGAGAUCGUCUUCUGCGCUGUUACGUCCAAUGAGCAGGUCAAGGGUUAUGGCACCCAUCUGAUGAACCACCUGAAGGAAUACCACAUCAAGCAUGACAUCCUCAACUUCCUCACCUACGCAGACGAGUACGCCAUCGGAUACUUCAAGAAGCAGGGUUUCUCUAAAGACAUAAAGGUUCCCAAGGCGAAGUACGUGGGCUACAUCAAGGACUACGAGGGGGCCACACUCAUGGGCUGUGAGCUGAACCCAAGCAUUCCCUACACAGAGUUCUCUGUCAUCAUCAAGAAACAGAAAGAGAUCAUCAAGAAGCUGAUGGAGAGGAAACAGGUGCAGAUCAGGAAGGUGUAUCCGGGGCUUUCCUGUUUUAAGGAAGGAGUCCGGCAGAUUCCUAUCGAGAGCAUCCCAGGAAUACGUGAAACUGGAUGGAAACCCAUGGGCAAAGGCCAAGGGAAGGAGCUCAAGGAUCCAGACCAAUUGUACAGCACUCUGAAGACCAUCCUCCAACAUGUGAAGAGUCACCAGAACGCUUGGCCCUUCAUGGAACCUGUGAAGAAGACGGAGGCUCCUGGGUACUACCAAGUGAUCCGCUUCCCCAUGGACCUGAAGACGAUGAGCGAGCGUCUGAAGAGCCGAUACUACGCCACUCGCAAGCUCUUCAUGGCCGACAUGCAGCGCAUCUUCACCAACUGUCGGGAGUACAACCCGCCCGAGAGCGAGUACUACAAGUGUGCCAACUUACUGGAAAAGUUUUUCUACACCAAAUUAAAGGACGCGGGGCUCCUUGAGAAGUAAACACAAACUAUCUUGAAUUCUAGACCCUCACCAGGACUGGUUUCUAUCCAGAGACUGAGGACUGAUCUUGGCAUUCAAACGGUUUUGUGAUUAUCGACAAGAUGAGAGGGUUUCUCAUGUUUGGGUCUCAGAA